AUGAUCAAUAUCGGAAUCAAACCAGGAGAACUGAUUAACAUCACCCCACUACCACCGAUCCUACCACCAAAUCAUAUCGGACCAGGAAGAGGGAUCAGACUACCAGAAGCAAAACUAAUCAAACUCAAACAAACCAAACCACCAAAGGAAUACCAAGAUCUAAUACCAACAACAAUAACAAUAUCAACAACAACAACAACUCAAUCAUCUGAUAGACUAUGGGAAGGGUUCAUAAGAGAAGUACUAGUCGAUCGAAAGUAUCUGGCCAUCAAUCACUACAUCAUCAUCCCAUAUGCCAACCAACUCAGAUUCUACCAUAUCCAAGACAUCCAAUCCACUACGACGACGACGACGACGACCAACCCAUCAGACUCACUAGAACUAUUCUUCAUCACCCGGAACACUCGACUCGAGAUCAUCAAGCCAUCAACACCAUCCAAGCCUAGUACGACUACGACUACGACUACUCAGUCCUUACUGACUCAAUCGGCUGAUCAGAUCGGCUAUGAGGCCAUCGGCGGUCUUCAGUCUCAGAUCGAGCAGAUCCGUGAGAUGGUCGAAUUGCCAUUGACGAGACCAGAAUUAUACUCACACUUUGGUAUCAAACCACCAAAAGGGAUCUUACUCUAUGGACCACCGGGUACAGGGAAGACCCAUCUAGCCUCGAUCAUCGCCAAGUCGACCAACUCGACUCUACUCACACUAUCUACUGCCACAAUCAGUUCAGCGUAUCAUGGAGAGGGGGAGCAAAAAAUAUUCGAGAUUUUCGCCGAGGCUAAGGAAAAGAGUCCGAGCAUGAUCAUGAUCGACGAGAUCGAUGGCUUGUUCCCCAGUCGGGAAAUCGGGAGCGAAGUGGAUCGACGGAUGGUAGGGGCCUUAUUGACCUGUAUGGACGGGAUGGAGGAGAAGAAUGAUGAUCCGGGUCUGGAUCAGGAAGAAAACCCCAGGGUGAUCGUGAUUGGAACAACUAAUCGUCCGCAGACUCUCGACCCGGCCCUCCGUCGCCCGGGAAGAUUCGACCGAGAACUAGAGAUCGGGAUCCCGAAUGGAGGAGCACGCUUAGAGAUCCUACAAGUCCUCUUACGCAAGACGCCUCAUCAACUGACGGCAGCAGAGAUCAAGGAAGUGGCCGACAAGACACACGGCUUUGUUGGUGCGGAUCUGCUCGCAUUAAUCAGGGAGGCCGGAUUGGGCGCGAUCAAGCGCUCCUUGGCCACCCACAUUGCGCUCCAAGACAUGCAUCUCCAGCCGCAAGACCUCUCCCAAGCCCUGCUAAAGAUCCGGCCCUCGGCGAUGCGCGAAUUGUUGGUCGAGACGCCGACGACAAGAUGGACCGACAUCGGCGGCCAAACCGCAAUCAAACAACGUCUGCUCGAGACCUUGAAAUGGCCCGCCGAACAUCCCCAAACCUUCAAACGUUUGGGCAUCUCGCCUGUCCGUGGAAUCCUCCUCUACGGCCCCCCCGGCUGCUCUAAAACUCUGAUCGCAAAGGCCUUGGCAACCGAAUCCGGUCUUAACUUCAUCGCCAUCAAAGGCUCAGAUGUGUUUAAUAAAUACCUCGGCGAAUCGGAGAAAUCGAUUCGCGAUCUGUUCAAGAAAGCUCGAGCUAAUUCGCCUUCGAUCAUCUUCAUAGAUGAGAUCGAUUCGAUAGCCAUGGCCAGAGCAGGAUCGGAUGAUCUUGGGGGUGGCGGUGGGACGGGUGUUGGCGAUAGAGUGUUGACGAGUUUGUUGGUCGAGAUGGACGGGAUCGAGGAGCUCAAUGGGGUCUUGGUCUUAGCUGCUACGAAUCGACCCGAAGUCAUCGAUCCAGCGUUGAUGAGACCAGGAAGAUUGGAUAGGAUUCUUUAUGUUGGGCCCCCCGAUCUGGACUCUAGGAUCGAGAUCUUCAAGAUCAAUUUCAGGAAGAUGAGUGUGGAUCCGAGCUUGGAUAUCCAUAAACUGGCUACUUUGACCGAUGGAUCUACCGGAGCUGAGAUCGUAGCUAUCUGUCAAGACGCUGCCAUUAAUGCGAUUCAUCGAGACUUUAACGUCGCCUUUAUUGUGGAAGAAGACUUCUUGAAAUCGAUCCAGAAGAUUGCUAAGAAACAGGCUAUCAAUUCUCAACUUAUUCAACAUUACGAGAAGUGGAGAGAUUUGGUGGGCGUUCAAAGCGCUUGA